GCGGCACUUAUCAACGCUACAAUUUAGUCGCUGGAUGCUCAAGCCUCACUGACUGAUACACACCGGUGUACCAAUGUGGAAGGAAUAGGGUAUGGUAAUAAUCCAAAAAUCUUACGAAAUAAGGGAGGUUAUUAAAGACAUGUAAUGCAUUUACGACAGGGCGUCUUCGUGGCGUGAGAGAAGGAAGACACUAACAGAGCAUGCUCCACGAGCCGCCUGCGAGGCUUUUUUCGUCUGGAAUUCUACGGGUUUAUAAAUGAUUCAUAGAGUGAUCCUAUUUUUAAGCGGAGUAAUUGCGCGCAGUUCGCAGUCAGCCAGUGUGUUACUAUCAGCUAUGAGUGUGUGUUCUGUUUUCGCGUGAGCGCUUGCGUGUGAGUGAAAGCCGGUCACUAAUCUGCAGAGACGGAGAGGAUAUUCCAGACGACAGAAACAGUGAGCGUGUGGAAACUUCGUGAGAGACAGUCACAUUUUAUUGGCUUUAAUUCUGGGGUUUGAUCGAAUAUAUCGUCCAAGCCUGCCAGCCAGUAUAGCCGUUGGACAAGGGAAUCAACUGUUGCUGCAGCAGACCGUUUUUAAAGGGACAUUAGGCUAGUCACAAUUCAUCAAGUCUGUGUUGCUGAAUCUAUACAUGAGUUUGAGAAUGGAUUUUUAACCAUCACCGGGACCUGGUUAAUUUAUUGUGCUGCGCGCUGGAUGCACGUUGUUUAUGGUCUGUUCUGAUACUGCAUAGAGAAUACAUGCUCUUCCAGAAUGAUCCCACUCCACGCCUCUCCUGGCUUUUUGAUAUUGUUUUAUCAUAUUUUUGUAUCAGACAGUAGCAGUUGCUUGUAGGCAAGAAGGCACAUUUGGGCUAUUUGAACCAUUCCAGAGGCAUUUGGAGGAUUAUAGUGGAUUGUUUCUGUUUUAGUGACCUUGCCUCUCCGGCGUUAAUCCAGACGGAUAGAUGCUGAUGAUGGAGAAGAACGGCAUGGACGCGCAUCAGGUUGGAAUCAAUCUGGAAUACGAGCUGGAGGGCCGGCCUCGGUCAUGUACCUGGCCGCUGCCGCCGUGUCCUGAGGAUUUCCCACGGGGAGUGGAUGAAGCAAAUCGAGGUCUGCCCCUGGCAUCUAUCAAACUGGAGCAGCUUCAAUACAACGUGCCGGCAUGCCGCGGCGGAGCAGCGGAGGGAAGAGGUGGCGCACCCGUAGAGCUCAAACAUCCAGCCGGCGCCCCGGUCCCUAUCGCACCCGGUGCUCCUACAUGCAUGUCCGGGGCUUCCCUCGACGUGACCGGCCAGCUGCGCAAAGCCAAGUCGUCCCGGAGGAACGCGUGGGGAAACCAGUCGUACGCGGACCUCAUCACGCGUGCCAUUGAGAGUGUCCCGGAGAAGAGACUCACUCUGUCGCAGGUUUACGAUUGGAUGGUGCGCUUUGUCCCUUAUUUCAAGGAUAAAGGCGACAGCAAUAGUUCCGCUGGAUGGAAGAACUCCAUCCGCCACAACCUGUCCCUCCACACUCGGUUCGUCCGUGUCCAGAAUGAGGGGACGGGGAAGAGUUCCUGGUGGAUGCUGAACCCAGAGGGAGGGAAGAUGGGGAAGGGACCCCGACGACGCGCCGCCACAAUCGACUGCCCCAACGGCACUAAGUACCUGAAGAGUAAAGGACGGGCCAGGGGUAAGAGGCCUGGAGCCGGAGCUGGCAGUGGAGCUGUUGGUCGGGGCAGGCGGCAGGGUUACGGCCUGGGUCAGGGGGCUCGACCGGGGAUGCAUCAGGGGUCUCCGGAGCAUGGUAGUCCUGCAGGGAAGGGCGGAGUAGGGGUGGGAGGAGAGGAGUACGAUGCCUGGACGGAUCUCCACUCCCGGACCUCCUCUUCGGCUUCGACACUUAGUGGCUGCCUUUCUCCCAUCCUGGCCGAGGCUGAGCCAGAUGAGCCAGAGGAGGGAGGCCUUUCCUGCUCCACCUCCCCCCGCCUCUAUCCUAGCCCUACUGCAACUCGCUCCCCUGCCCUGGGCACUGGGGGGCACUGCCCUGGAACCUCCUUGGAGCUGCCCCAACUCACUGACCUGACUGGGGCUAUCAGCCUGGAAGAGGGCUACCCCCACCCCCAGAACCACCCACAAACCCAGCCUCGUAAUGGCUACCCCAGCCCCUACGGCACCGGCCCCAAGGGGGAAGGCUCCUACUGCGGCCCUGUCUACGGGCAGCCGUCCCUGGGCAUGCUGCAGCUCCAUGCCCCCAUACCCAUGCAGACCAUUCAGGAGAACAAGCGAGCCAGCUUCCAGCGCCCCCUGAGGGCCUACUCAGAGAACAAUGCCCUGCAGAGCCUGCUGACCGGAGGGCCUGGAGGUCCUCAGUACUGCAGUAAGGACAUGGUCACACUGGGAGGGCAAGGAGGGGAGUCACACACGCUGCUGACCCAGGUAACUAACGGGGUUCACAGCCACAAUCAGAGUCGCAGCAGCCACAAUCAUAGCCAUAGCAACCAUAAUCAUAAUAACCAUGAGCAUGGACACAAUUCAGGCCCACACAAUGGUCACGGCUCAGUUCAUGACCAGAACCCCAGCGGUCAUCAUCAGAAUGGCCUCCACAAUCAUGGUCAACCCAACCUGGACUAUAACCAUAGCCACAAACAACACCUCAGCCCGGCCACUGACUACAACCAGAGUCACAACCACAAACUGAACACAAGCCAUGACCACACUCACCAGUCCAACCAGGGUCACCUCCACGGUCACCUCCAGGGUGGACCCAGACCUCCAGCCCUCCAGGCUCUUUCUCCCAGAGUCAACACAGACAUCCUGCAGCCCUACAGCCUCAAAACCCCCACCCCAACUCCUAGCCUCUAUGGCCCCCUCACCCCCCACCUCCCCACCCCCAACCCCUCGUCUCUUCCCCCCAACCCCGCCUCUGUUCUCGACAUACACCAGGACCCCUGCCUCCGCCUGGCCUCCGCCCCGGCACCUCACCCCCACCCUCGCCACCAGCCCUACCCCGGUACCACCUACCACCAGGGUAUAACUAUGACUGACUCCUGGCAUGGCUACUACCACCACACCCUCCACCCCACCCAGAACUACCAGGGACACCCCCACCACAGCACUCACCACCCCAGCCGCAUGGCUCCAGACCUGGAAUGUAACAUAGACAUUCUCCCCAGCAGCCUAGACUGUGACGUGGAGUCCAUCCACCUCAAUGACUUCAUGGACACAGAGGGGAUGGGGAUGGACUUCAACUUUGAUGGAUCCCUGUCUCAAGGAGUGGGCAUGGGCAUGAGCAUAGCUGCUUUCGCCGGAGCGCCGCAGGGACAUCACAGCCAGAACUGGGUGCCUGGGUGAAGGGGAUUGGUCAGGGAAGCCUAAGGACCAAUCAGGACACAGCAGAAAGGCUUUUACCCACAAGGCCGAGCUGCAGAGGUCAGAGGUUAUGGAUCAGGGUCGGAGCGUACCCUUGGACUGACUGAUUGACUGUGAUGCUUAAUGCUCCAAGACAAAAUAACUGAAUGUGUCUUGUCAUGUUGUUUCCUGAGGAUCCCUUUAACUUUACAAUCUAUGUUCUCUCAUUCUUUCUCUCCCUCUCUGUGUUCUCUUUCUCAUUCCCUCUACACUCUAGUAGUGCCACAGCACCCUCCCAGCUCUGUGCUAUCCCCGUGGUUCAUGUCUUUCAGUUUGUCUGCUCUACUUUUUCAAUCAUUUCUUGGCCAUCCAUAAGCUCUCAAGCACUUUACAUCCGUCGCUUUCAAAACAGAUGCAGUAUAACAAAGACCAGGGGAAAGUCAGUCUCUGUUGGCUUAAGUUGAAUUUAUGCAAACCCCUUUAUUAUCCAUCUCUUCUUAUAAAAACGAGAGAGGCGGUAUCUUACUUGAGAACAGGAUCAAACAACUGCAUAAAUAAAUGGGUUCAGCGGGUUGAGAUGCGGGUGCCUUUCAGAAUGUUUUGCAUACUGGUUGGAAAGUAGGGAGGUCGGGUGGAUGGAAGGAGGGAUGGAUCCAGGGUAGGAAGAGGGGGUUGGCUGCACCAGGGUCAGUGCAAAUUAUCCUUCCUCAAUGAUGGAGGGAUGAAAAGAGGCAGAGAUGGAGGGAUGGAUUGAGGUUUGGGGUCAGGAGUUCUCCUUCUCCCUGGUGGUGUCACUCACCAUAGAUGGAUGGAGGGAUGGAUUGAGGUUUGGGGUCAGGAGUUCUCCUUCUCCCUGGUGGUGUCACCCACCAUAGAUGGAUGGAGGGAUGGAUUGAGGUUUGGGGUCAGGAGUUCUCCUUCUCCCUGGUGGUGUCACCCACCAUAGAGGGAUGGAGGAAAAGAGGAUAAAUAGAGGAUAGAUUGAGGAUAAGGGUGGUUGGUUGUUGUGUGCCCCAGUGUGGUCCAGGAGGACAGCCAUGCAUCAGACAGCCUUUAUCACCAACUAGUUAAAUGCACGAUCUCCUCUUUAAUCUGUGGAGUAAUGCGAUGGUGAUGCAUCACUAUUGCAAAUUUAAUGUGUUGCUCCCCCCUCCCAUUCUCCUCCAUCCGCACGCACACACGCACGCACACACACACACACACACACACACACACACACACACACACACACACACACACACACACACACACACACACACACACACACACACACACACACACACACACACACACACACACACACACACACACACACACACACACACACACACACUCCAUUCACCUCCGGACAGACUGUGUCAAGGCUGAAUGUGUUUUGGCCAAAGUGAUGAUUAAAGUCACUGUGCACUAAAUAGCGGAGGAGGGAGGGAUGGGGAGGAAAGAAGAAAUGAUAAUAUUCCCUCUGUGCCUCUUCCUCUCCAUUUGGUGGAUUUAUGUAGCUUUCCCCAUAAUGAAAUAAGGAGUGAUCAGGUCCCAUCCUCCCUGCCUCCCAUCAUCCCUGCCUCCCAUCCUCCCUGCCUCCCUGCCUGCUCUGCUUCCUGAAGAGGGUUCUCAUUCAACCCCAGCCUGGCUGCUUCCUCCAGCUGACCAACCACACAACACAACAGCUUACUCAGUCUAGAGUAUGUCCUAAAUGGCGCCCUCCUAAUUUUGGACCCUAUUCCCUCUACACAGCACACAUUUUGAACAGAGCCUCUAACAACAUCAACUCAGUCAUCAGUAUUCAGUAACCAUUAGUUAAAUCUGAAGUGGUACAAUAUCUCCUACUGCACUAAAACCUAAGCCUCUGGCCAAAAGUAGUGCCCUAGGUUUGCCCUAGGUUACUGUUGAUGGACUUGAUGUCCUCAGUCCUUUGACCUCAGUGCAGCCCCCUUUGUCCCAUCCUCCAUUCCACCUCUCACACUGUAGUUUAGGAGUUUAAAGCCUGACAUGUUUUACACUAGUGAAUUGGCACACUGAUUAACACAGUCAGCAAGAUAACAAUUAUUUGGUGCUAUCUUCCCUUCACAGGCCCUUACCUCCUCUCCUCCUCUCUCUCUCUCUCUCUCUCUCUCUCUCUCUCUCUCUCUCUCUCUCUCUCUCUCUCUCUCUCUCUCUCUCUCUCUCUCUCUCUCUCUCUCUCUCUCUCUCUCUCUCUCUCUCUCUCUCUCUCUCUCUCUCUCUCUCUCUCUCUCUCUCUCUCUCUCUCUUUCUCUCUCAUGUUUGCUCUCUGUCUUUGUCUCUUUGUCUCUCUCUCUCGCUCCUUCCUUCUCUCUUCUUCUAUCACAUCCUCUCAUCCAGAGGUUAGAUUGAGGGGAAACAACAAUAAUUAACCGGUUAAAGAGAUCAAUUAAUUAUCAUUUUUAUUUAAUCCAAGUGGUGGUGUUUUCUCAUCUCAUCUUCAUGGCAACAGGUCAUAAUUCUCUCCGUUCAGAAAGCACAAGGGAGGUUUUUUGAGUUUAAGGUUAUGUGCGUCCAUUUAGAGGGGAAAGAAACAGUGCUUGAACAACAAGGUCCUCCUCUAGUCUGGUCCCAGAUCACAUUGUGUUAAAUGUACAAAGAGCACAGGAGUGGUUGGCUAUAAACAAACAGAUCUGGGAUCAAUCUAGUCCUUCCCCACUCCUCUCUUCAGAUUUCUAUCUGUUGCCUCGGUCUGGCUUUACUUUGCUGUUGUCUGUUUUUUUGUGGUCAUUUUGUUCCGUGAUCGUCAGUGAGGUCCUUUGUCUUGAUAGGGUGCUUUUUGUUCGCAGCAUUUUUAUUCUAAAGGGGAGAGAGAGAGUCCUUGAGUCUUUUCAUAGCACCUGCUAUGAGAGAGAGAAAGGUUGAGAGGCAGAGAAGGAGAGAUAUUUUUAGGGUAGAGGCUAGAAGGGAGGUAGAGGGACAAGGAGAGAACGAGGCAGAGAAAGGUAGAGAGAUGGGGGAGGCUAGAAGGGAGGUAGAGGGAAGGAGAGAGAGAGGAGUAAGAGAGAGAGAGAGAGAGGCAGACUGUGAGACAGUAAUAUUUUCCAGCCGAGUAGCUUCCUGUGGAACUGGCCAUUUGAAUCAUGCCAAAUGUCAAGUGCUACUCUGCUGGCAUCAACACACUAUGAUCAGAUAACCAUGCUUCUGCUCUGAUCAGAUGACCAUGCUUAUGCUCUGAUCAGAUAACCAUGCUUCUGCUCUGAUCAGAUAACCAUGCUUCUGCUCUGAUCAGAUAACCAUGCUUCUGCUCUGAUCAGAUAACCAUGCUUCUGCUCUGAUCAGAUAACCAUGCUUCUGUUCUGAUCAGAUAACCAUGCUUCUGUUCUGAUCAGAUAACCAUGCUUCUGCUCUGAUCAGAUAGCCAUGCUUCUGCUCUGAUCAGAUAACCAUGCUUCUGCUCUGAUCAGAUAACCAUGCUUCUGCUCUGAUCAGAUAACCAUGCUUCUGCUCUGAUCAAAGAGGAACAAAGAUGGGCAUCUUCACAGGGUUUUCUCUUCCUUUCAUUCGUCCUUUCUUUCUUUUUGACUUGAAAUGGCCUAUUGUUGUAACUCGACUGUAAUUUCGUAUCUGGCCCCAGCGUGUGCUUGCUUGUGUGUUGAGCUGUGUGUGUGUGUGUGUGUGUGAAGCACACAUGAUGAUGUACAGAACUGAUGAUGGAAAUCCAUUGCCCUGUAAUAUCACUUGUCCUGGUCUCCUUCAUGCCUGGUGAGGCCAAAUGUCAAAAAGUUUUAAAACACCUGCUCAUUCAAGGGUUUUUCUUUAUUUUUUACUAUUUUCUACAUUGUAGAUUUUCUACAUGCCAAGAGUGUUCAAAGCUGUCAUCAAGGCAAAUGGUGGCUAUUUGAAGAGGGAGAGGGAGGGAGAGCAGAGACAUUGAAGAAUCUCAAAUAUAAAAUAUAUUUAGAUUUGUUUAACACUUUUUUGGUUACUACAUGAUUCCAUAUGUGUUAUUUCAUAGUUUAAAUGUCUUCACUAUUAUUCUACAAUGUAGAAAAUAGUAAAAGUAAAGAAAAACACUUGAAUGAGUAGGCGUUCUAAAACCUUUGACCGGUAGUGUACUGUAUACACACACACACAUACAUACAUACACCAUAUAUACAGUUUAUAUUUAUUGGUAGAGAAGAUGGGUUCUGUGCUGUGGCCCUUUGGCCCCCCUCAGUCCCUCAUCAUCUUUAUUAUAGAGACAUGAUGAUGCUUCUAUUACAAUCUCAUUCUGUACAUAAUCUAUAUUGGAAAAAAUUGUAUUAUAAUUUUUUUUUGACAAGCAAAAUACCAAUUUCUUUUCUAAAACGAUGUGUCUGAUCAUCUGUGACUAUAAAAUAAUAAAACAAAAGAGAACA